AUGUCGGGGGGUAUCAAGCCGCACAUAUCUCACAAUGUCUCUGAGGAAACUCUUAUCGCAAACGGGGCGUUCGUUGGGCGUCGAGAGAUCGGGCCCGAACACGUUGUUCGGGCACGAUCGGUGGUUCGGACACGAUCUUCAAUCAAAUCGUUUGGCACCACGAAAAUGCUGAAUUUCUGCUGCACGGCUAGACUCCUACUGAUCUCAGAAGAAAACUGUGAAAGCUGUCCUGUGGGGCUGGGCCUCUUAUCAAUGAUAGCUGCAAUGGUGCUUCUGCCUCGUCUUCAAAUCAUCUUGAAGAGAGGGGUUUUCAUGGAUGUGGAUUUAUUCAUCGAAAAAUUAGCUGUGAAAGGGUAUCUUUCAGCUGAUGAGCAAAUAGAACUAAAAGCCAAAGGAACCUACAAGGAGAAGAUCGAUGGAACUCUCUCCAUUUUAUGCAAAAAACAUCCCAAGAAGACCUAUGAUAAUGUUCUGGAUGCUUUACGAGAGAUGGGGAGAGACGAUAUCAUCAAAGAACUCCAGCAGCCAACC